GUCAAUAUCGCGGUGUUUCGCAGAGUUUGAUCUUUCCGGAAGGGGUGGGAUUGGAGAGUCACCCCAGAGAGUUGGAAGCAGAUUCUGUUACAUACCACCGAAAUGAGGAAGAUAUGCCCAUAUUUCGAGCGGACGCCGGCGUCGAGUCUGCCGAUAUGCUUGACGAACUUCUACAGUUGUAAAUGUUGGUGUGUUUCUGCCCCUAGCUGUGAUUGUGCGCUUAAUUGCCGUUCGAUGUUUCAGCAUCGGUCAAACCCAUACAGACUGCCUCCUUGAACCCGACACACCGCUCAACGUCCCUUCCGAUAUCCAUCCGCCCAUGAAAGAAGCGGUUCAGGAAACAUCCCGACUGAUGCAACGCCAGCUGGAUAACGAGGUUGACUGCACCCGGAACUUCCUUUCCAACACAUCCUUCCGCAACCGCACAUCCAGCAUCGACACGAAUCUUGCGAGAUCCGAUAGUGUGAACCAGCUCAGUAUACCGUCGAGCGGGGGUGACGGCGCUCUGCGUCGUAGAGCAACUGUCGCCCACGUUCCAGUCGGGAUAGGCAACCAAUGGGAUACUUUGCGGCGGACGCCAUCUUCAUUCGAUACCCUGGAACUUCCACCUACGAAGGACUAUCUCCAUGUCACACCCUCCACGCAUCUCAGAGUCACUCCACCGUUUCAACGGGCUAGGCUGCUGCUGAGCCAUUUGGGCUUGAUUGACUUUGACAGUCUGAGAGAUGGUGAACUGUGCUUAUUGGCUGAAACUCCGGCGCUAUUCCGGGAUGUCAAGGUUCUAGACCGGAAACAUGGCCGGGAGACCAUCAAAGUUGCCGUCAUCUAUGUUGCCCCGGGGCAAGAGGACGAACAUAGCAUUUUCAGAAACGAGAGUGGAAGUGUCGAGUAUGAAGCAUUUGUUUCUAGCUUAGGAUGGGAUGUGGAUUUGGGAUCCCACCCUGGUUUCGUUGGUGGACUGGAACGGAGCCUCGCCAACGGCAAGACCGCGACGUACUUUUGCACAUCCACAUACGAGAUCCUAUUCCACGACGUGACCAAGAUGCCCGUCGAUCAACACGAUGCUAAGCAGUUGAAGAAGAAACGACACAUUGGCAACGACCAAGUCCACAUCGUGUGGAACGAGCACCACCGGGACUACCGCCGCAACACCAUCGGCGGUGACUUUGGCAACGCUCAAAUAAUCGUCACGCCUCGCACGGAUGGUCUCUAUUCGAUCGAGGUGCUUCGAGACGAGAAGGUGCCUUCCUUCGGACCCUUACAUAACGUCACCGUGGUCAGUAAGAGCAUUCUGGGGCCUCUCGUGAGACAGACGGCUCUAAACGCCUAUCGCGCUACGCUGGCGAUGGGGGACAUGGCGGCUGCGACCACUAUGCUUGUCGGAGGCAAACAAGGGGGCAAAGGCGCUGUGGGUGGCACCAGCCAUACCGCAUCCAUAUCAUCUGCUACCUCAAUAUCAUCCGCCCGCACGGCGCCAUCAUCACAUGCUGUUCCGCUCCAGCCUCGUCAUGCUUUCGCCGCUCGGCGCGAGGACAUUGUUACCAUCGCAGAUCGCCACAAGUUGGGCAAAUGGACAUUUGAGAAGUUUAUAGAGGCCGUAUUUGCCACUGCGCCAGAGUUUAGCACCGGCCAGCAACGCCAAGAGUGCGUGUCCUCCUAUGAUUUCAAUGAGAGUCCAUCUCUCGGCAGUGGGGAGAGUAGCACCUCAGGGGCAAAUGAGAGGAGCGGGCCAACAACAUUGACGAGGAUCGUGUCGGGAUUGGUAGCAUGAGAUACCUCUGGACAGAGUUGCAGUUUCUGUUCAUAUGUACAUUACGAAAUCAAGUUGAAUCGCAGGAAAGCCAGAGCGAUUUCUUGUUCAAUAAAUGAAAAUAAGUACAAGGCUAGUGGUAUCUACAAAUACAAAGCGUAACCCCUGUUACGCAAGUCACUCACUACGCCUGGGGUAAGGAGGGGAAAGAAU